AUGAAUAAUGUUGCAGGGGUUAUUGCAGAUCCACAACCUUCCUUGCCUCCUGAUUCAAUAUCUGCACAAGCCCAAAAUCAUUUACUUGCAGUGCCUCUCACAAGGACUCACCCAAUGCAACUAAGAUCCAAUCCAAGGCCAUCAACACGUUAUCCUUUGCCAUCUGCCCACUUAAUAGAAGGGCCCAUUGAGGUUGAACCUACUUGUUUCACAGAGGCUGACAAACAUGAUAAGUGGCGGACAGCUAUGGAAACGGAGUUCAAUGCACUGUUAAAAAAUGGAACUUGGAGUUUAGUUCCACCACAGUCCCAUCAGAAUGUAAUUGGAUCUAAGUGGGUGUUUCGAAUAAAAAGAAAAGCAGAUGGUAUGGUUGAGCACUACAAGGCCUGA